AUGCCCGCCUCGCUCGCCUUGCCAACUCGACAUGCACCUCGGCCAGAGCCAGAGCCGGACCAGUACCUCAUCCUCAUCCUCCUCCUCGCCGUCGUUGCAUGCAUCCAGCAGCGUCUUGGCCUCGAUUCGCGAUCAUUCAUCGCCGACCGUCUGCUUGUUUUGGCAUCAUCCUCGACACCAUCUCUGGAUCGCAACAACCUCCUCGCCUCCUUCUCGUCGCGCUUCCCUGAUCGCCGUCACGCAAUGCCUUCCAUCACAGCCAAGCUCAAGGCGGGUGCGCUCGCAUCGCUCGCCCUCGUCGCGCUCGCUCAGCAGGCAUCCGGCUCCAAACCGCGCCUCAACCGCAUCGAUGUCGACCUCCACGCUCGCGACCCAUCCCUGAACGACAAUCUACCCCUCUUCACCGACGGCCUGCUCGACUCGCUCAACCACCGCCUCUUCCCAAGACAGUCCCAAGAGACCCAGAACUCCAUUCGCGAUCAAUCGGCUGUCGACCCCCUCGCAGCCGCACAGGCCGCCGACGCCCUUCCCAACGUCGCCAACAACGCCGCAGGCGGCACAGACACCACCGGCAACCUCUUGCAGGGCGAUGGGUACUCAAACUUCGCGUGGAAUCAGAACGUACCCUUCAUCCCGAACGCAGACACAACCGGUUCCGAUGAGAACGGCUGGCAGGAGCUUCCAGACACGCCCGGCUUCACCCUCAAUCGCACCUUCUCCGUCCACAACGUGUUCAAAAACGAAUCCGGCGUCAUGCCCUUCUACAUCUCCACCGUCGCAGAUCCGACAAAGGUGCUCCGCGCCAUCGUCGUCUGGCCAGGAAAGCCGCGCGACAUCUGGAAGUACGCCAACCUCAUGCUCAAUGCGAGAAACGUCGCCGUCACCAACUUCAACCAGCAGGGCGUCACAAACGACUCGUUUGUCAUCAUCGCUCCCGCCAUGCUCAACCAGCUCGACCUCCAAGCCGGCGCUGCACGUCCCAACGAAAUCGUCUUCCACGGCUCCAGCUGGCAGCGCGGCGCUCCUUCCCGAAAUCCUCCCAUGAAGCAUGCAGUCACCAGCUACGCCGCCGUGGAUCAGAUCAUCGACGAUCUCUUCAACAGGACCUCCUACCCCAACCUCAACCAGAUCGUCGUCGCCGGCCACUCCAUGGGCGGUCAGGCAACGCAGCGCUAUGCGCUCAUGAAAAAGACCAAGGUCUACGACAACAACGUGCGCUUCUGGAUCGGCAACCCCGGUUCCUGGGCAUGGCUCACCGAUGCGCGACCCUACUCCAACGCUUCCUGCGCUGCCGGCAACGAGUACGACACCUGGCCCUACGGCCUCAACGGCAACCAGACAAAGCUCACCUCCUACGCUCGCAAGGAUGUGAUCGCCAACAAGACCUACGUCAUCGAUCGAUUCCUCAACCGCCAAGUCUCGUAUGCACUCGCUCUGCUCGACAUCGGCGCAGGUGACACCCACUGCCAAGCACUAUGGCAGGGAGGCAACCACUUGGACCGAGGCUCCCAGUUCGUCCUCCAGUACCAGAACGCCUCCUCCUCCUAUUUCAACGGCAAGUUCCCGCCCAGGCACACGCUCGACUACAUUGCCAACGUCUCGCAUCAGGACUACGCCAUGUACUCGACCAACAUGUCGCUCCAGCGCCUCUUCUACGACGGCCUCAUGGUCCGCAACGCCGACGUCGCCAACACCACCAACCCAGGCGACAAGAAGAACAGCACGCGCCCCAAGGGUGCCAAGGCCUUCGCCACGCCCGCGCACGAAAAGGUGGCCAUCGGCCUGCUGGCAGGCUCGCUCGGCCUCCUCUUUAUCGUCUUCACCGCGCUCCCCAUCAUCUUUACCGCAGACCACGUCAAGGACGUCGACAUGUCCUGGGACUCGCAGAGCUACCUCAGCACCGAGUCGCGCAGGAUGCUCGUCGAUCGCAAGUGCAAGUGUCAGUUUGCGCUUCGCAUUGUGCGCUUCAUGAAGAUCAUGCGGAACGCCAUGCGGCUCGAGGUGGGCUCGGCUGGACCCUGGGAAGGCAGGCCACCACAGCCAAGACCGACGGACCCCGACCUCCACUCGCUUGCAUCAUCAGACCCGCUCAGCCGUCUUCCACACAGCGCCAGCCCGUCGCCCGUUGCCAUGUUCUUGACAAGGUCCGAGUAUGACCGCGGUGUCAACACCUUCUCGCCCGAGGGCCGUCUUUUCCAGGUCGAGUAUGCGCUCGAGGCCAUCAAGCUGGGCUCGGCGACCGUCGGCAUCGCCACCAAGGAAGGCGUCGUCCUCGGUGUCGAGAAGCGCGUGCAGUCCAAGCUGCUCGAGUCUUCGUCCAUCGAAAAGAUCAUGGAGGUCGACCAGCAUCUCGGCGCCGCCAUGAGCGGUCUCACCGCCGACGCCAGGACCAUGAUCGAGCACGCACGCGUCACAUCCCAGAACCACGCCUUCACAUACGACGAGGAGAUCAAGGUCGAGUCCGUCACGCAGGCCGUCUGCGAUCUCGCCCUCCGCUUCGGAGAGUCGACGGCGGGCGACGAAGCCAUGAUGUCAAGACCUUUCGGCGUCGCGCUCCUCAUUGCCGGCAUCGACGAGAAGGGCCCACAACUCUACCACGCGGAUCCCUCCGGAACCUUUGUGAGGUACGAUGCAAAGGCGAUCGGCAGCGGCUCCGAAGGUGCGCAGACCGAGCUGCAAGACAAGUACAACAAGGACAUGUCAUUGAAGGACGCCGAGAUCCUGUGCCUCCGCGUACUCAAGCAGGUGAUGGAGGAGAAGCUCGACCAGAACAACGUCCAGCUCGCGACAGUCACACCUAGGGUUGCCAAGGACGGUCGCCCGUCCGGACAGUUUGGCAUCAUGAAGGAGGAUCAGCUGCAGGCACUGAUUGCCGAGAUGUAG